AUGUAUUUUGUAUUUUUUAAUUUUUUUAUAUUUCAUUUACUUUUUUCUAUUUAUGGUUUAUGGAUAGAAGAUGGAAAAGAACGACGUUCCUGGAAAGAUCAACAUCCACAACAUAGAUAUGUUGCUCAGAUACAUGCUGAACAUUACCGUUAUCCAACAUUUCGUAUGCAAUGUUACAGUUGUAUGUCACCAUAUCUAGAAGAUCAAUUUUUGUAUAUAUCACAUUUAUAUAGAAAACCAUUACAAUUUAGUGAAAGAUGUGAUGAGGCAAGAUUUUAUGGUGAUGGAAUGAAAGUUAAAAAUUGUUCUGAUAUGUGUGUAACACUUCGAAUGAAUGAUAAAGUAGGAGGACGAAGGAGGCAUGGGUAUAUGAGAGGUUGUUUAUCAGAUAUAUUACAUUACAAUCGAACAGUGGUACGUGAAAAUCCAAAUUGUUAUCAUGUACGCCUUCGUGAUUUAUUUGUUUCAAGUGAUAGAUAUAGUUUUGAACCAACAGAUAAUGUAAUGUUAUGUACAUGUUCCAAUAAAUUAUUAUGUAAUACUGGAUCAUCAAUAUAUAGUAGGAUAUUCUUUUUAUCUUUAAAUGAAGAAUAUUUAGUUGAACAGAUUUAUCUUCCAUCAUUUAUUGGAGCCUUAAUAUGGUUAGCCUUAUGA